AUUCCAGACAGCUGAGAUGCUUCCCGCUUGGCUGCAUUUUGCAAAAGGAAGGAGGAAUAUGGGUCAUGUAAAAAGUUUUGAACCAGGACUUGUGGGUUCUUUGUGAAGGGGCUGUCUUAAGACCCAAUAUCUGUGGAUACAAAUUGCCAAAAUGAAGCCAGAACAAGAAGAGGCGCGCCCUCCAUUGGUCCCUAUUAAGGGGAUCCCCAUGAUAAAGUAUUUUGCAGAAAUCUACGAUGAAGUGGAAAGAUUUCAAGCACAUCCAGAUGAUUUAUUGAUCUCUACGUAUCCCAAGUCUGGUACCACCUGGGUCAGUGAGAUUGUAGACAUGAUCUACAAAGAAGGCAUUGUGGAAAAAUGCAGAGUUCAACCCAUCUACAUGCGAGUCCCUUUCUUGGAAUUUGCUGUACCUGAUGUCCCUACAGGCAUUGAACUGCUCAAGGAAGCACCCCGUCCAUGUCUAAUUAAAACCCACCUUCCUGUCCAAAUGCUCCCCAAAUCCCUCUUGGAAAAGAAUUGCAAGAUUAUCUAUGUGGCCAGAAAUGCCAAAGAUGUGGCUGUCUCAUACUAUUACUUCUACCAAAUGGCAAAAGUGCACCCAGACCCUGGAACUUGGGAGGAAUUUCUGGAGAAGUUUAUGGACGGGAGUGUGUCUUUUGGAUCCUGGUAUGAUCAUGUCAAAGGUUGGUGGGACAUCACGAAGAAAUACAGGAUUCUGUACCUCUUCUAUGAAGACAUGAAAGAGGAUCCAGAACGGGAGAUUCAGAAGGUAAUGGAAUUCCUAGAGAGGCCAGUUGAUAAAAACUUAGUCAAGAAGAUUGCACACCACACCUCCUUCAAAGAGAUGAGUCAGAACCAAAUGGCUAAUUACAAAAGCAUUCCCACUUCAGUUAUGGAUCACACCAUCUCUCCUUUCAUGAGGAAAGGAGUUGCUGGUGACUGGAAGAACAAAUUCACAGUGGCACAAAAUGAGCGUUUCGAUGAGAAUUACAAGAUGCAAAUGAAAGGAACUACACUGCAGUUUCGAACAGAGAUAUAAUUGUCCUUUUUCUACUUGGUGAGGAUCGUCUUGUGUUACCUGUGAGAACUGAGAUGGUAUAUAGAUGAAGAUCAAGACAAGUUGCCAUUGGGCUCCCAUCAAGAGAGGGAAAAACCUAGUUAACAUCAAAGCCAUGCCAAGAACCAAAAUGAACUCCAAUCUGCAUUUUUAUUUAUGAUGUUACUACUUUUUAAUCACUGAUCUCUUUCCAUGUGAUCCAAAAA